UUCUUGAAGUGUGGGACUACUGCUUCACUUCAUCACUGUCUCAUCUCCAGCUAAUUCUAGUGUUCACUGUCAGAAUGCCUCCAUUUAACAGCAACUCCAUUCACUCCGAAGAGUUCAGUUUUGGUGAUUCAGCGAAAAUUGAUCCAACUCCAGCAACAUUCUCAGAGAAUGUGAUAACAGUAGCUGAUCCUGUCCAACUGGAGGAUGAUGGUGUGAAGGAGGAGGUAGCGGAGAUAGAGGAGGAUGAUCCAUGGACACUCCCCCAGCUCCAGAACCAGGGGCCCCAAUGGAGCGAUUUGGAUCGAGUUGGGAAGAUGAAGCAUGUCAUCAAAAGGAUCAUCAUGGCUGUUCUUCUCAUUGCUUUUCUUUAUGCCUUUGUUUGUUCUCUUGAUGUCCUCAGUUCAGCAUUUCAACUCGUUGGAGGGAAGGCGGCCGGUGAUAUAUUUGGGGAUAACACAAUUCUGGCCAACCCCAUCGCUGGCCUUAUGCUGGGGGUGCUGGUGACCAUCCUGGUACAGAGUUCCAGCACCUCCUCUUCCAUCGUGGUUAGCAUGGUCUCUUCGGGCUUGCUCAGUGUCGAGGCUUCAAUUCCCAUUAUCAUGGGGGUUAACGUAGGAACAUCAGUGACCAGCACAUUGGUAUCCUUAGCUCAGUCUGGAGAACGUAAUGAGUUCAGGAGGGCCUUUGCAGGUUCAGCGGUACAUGGCAUAUUUAACUGGAUGACAGUGAUCGUUCUCCUUCCAAUUGAGAUUGGCACUGGCUUUCUGUACCAAGUCAGCAAGGUCUGCAUCAAAAGCUUCAACAUUCAGUCAGGAGAGACUGCACCAGACAUCCUGAAAGUCAUCACAGAGCCCUUUACCCACCUAAUCAUUCAGUUGGAUAAGUCAGUGAUUUCAGCCAUUGCCACUGGAGAAGCAGGGGCCAGGAAUAGGAGUCUCAUCCGGAAGUGGUGCAAAUUUAACAAACUAACGGUUUUGAAAAAUAUAACAGUGACAAAUCAGACUGAGUGUGAGGUUUUACACUGCUUUCAAACAGGGAAUGCGACAAUCGCACUGAAAAACAACACAGAGACUGAGAACCUGCAGUUGUGUGACCAUAUAUUUGUGAACACAACCCUCUCUGAUACGGCAGUUGGGUUCAUUCUGCUUGUAGCAUCAUUGUUUGUUCUGUGUGUCUGCCUUGUCCUCAUUGUAAAGCUACUGAAUUCAGCUCUAAAGGGAAAGAUGGCACAAGUGAUGAAAAAAGUAUUCAAUACAGACUUCCCCUAUCCCUUCGGUUGGCUGAAUGGGUAUUUGGCGAUUUUAGUUGGUGCUGUCAUGACUUUCAUUCUUCAGAGCAGCUCAGUGUUCACAUCAGCGAUUGUCCCACUUAUAGGGAUCGGUGUGAUCAGUCUGAAGAGGGCAUAUCCCCUGUGUUUGGGGUCAAAUAUUGGAACAACAACCACAGCAAUACUGGCAGCCCUGGCGAGCCCAGCCGAACAACUGGGCAAUGCUGUACAGGUUGCCCUCAUCCAUCUGUUUUUUAACUUGGCUGGAAUUCUCAUCUGGUAUUGUAUUCCACACAUGCGAAUCCCGAUCCAGUUGGCCAAGGUGUUUGGGAAUGUUACUGCUCGCUAUCGUUGGUUUCCCAUCAUGUACUUGCUGCUCAGUUUCAUCCUGAUCCCAGGGACUCUCUUUGGGUUGUCCAUGGCAGGUUGGAUAGUGCUAGGAGCCAUUGCUGGGCCCAUCCUCAUCAUCGUCAUCCUUGUUGUCAUCAUCAACGUCAUCCAAAAGAAAUGCCCCCAAAUUCUGCCCUCGAAGCUGCGGUCCUGGGACUUCCUACCCCUCUGGAUGCACUCUUUCAGCCCACUGGACAGAGUCCUGACAGCUUGCUGUGCCCACUGCUGUUGUCAAUGUUGUCGGCCAAUUACAGACAAUUCCCAGAAGUCCAUAACAGACCAGCCCCAGAAACACGCUCCAUCAAAGGAAAGCCACUGCUAUGAUAACACAGUGAACAUAGAAAGUGCACAUCUGUGAGGAGUCAUCAUCCAUCCAUUUCUCAGGGAGUCUGGUCUUCAAAUUGUUAUGUCAAUUUCAGCAAACAGGUGAACUUCAUCUGUAACCUCUAUAGGAUCAGCUGUCACUCUCUGCAGGUACUGUAUAGUCUACCCAACACCUCAGAUACAUUCCCAUCUGCAUGAACUUCCCUUCCCACCGGUCCCAUGGCCAUAUACCUUUAGCCAUUAACUAUAUGGGCCAAUGUUUCACUCACUGUCUGAGCUUGCUCAGAUCAUUUCAAUUCAUUAAUCCCGGUCACUACUGGUUCAGUGUUGGCUCCAAAUCAAGCAAUUGUCAGCAGAAGUUCUGACUGUACAGAGCUGCCUGGAUGUUGUCUUACCUGUUGGUUUGUGCCUUCAGGUUACUGUGUGCCUGACCUUUGAUUAGACAGAUAAGAAGGUCUUUAUCUCCCCUUUAUGGCCAUGGUGCUGUUUCCUGUGCAGUAAUUUCAAAGAUAAUGAGUAAUUUCUCAAGUUAAACCCUUUGGCAAGGGAUCAUCAGUGUUGUGCUCAUUUCGUCAGUAGCUAUACAGGUAUGUUUGUGAUAAACAUGUUUGUCAGCACGUCAAUUUCUGACUGAUAAUAUUGCUAAUAUCUUCCUAAUAACUAUCCACUUGGCAGCUUCCCUCUCUUGCAGCAAUUUUAUUAAUGCUUGUAAAUCACAGUCCAGCAGAGUUUACUCUUAACUGUCUCCAGGAACCUUUAAUUUUGCUGACAAGGGGAUCUUUCUGCCUCACCAACUGAUAGCCCAGCUCACUGCCCCAUCAGCAUCGACAGAAUCUUGGCUUUCUGUCCCACCUUGACAGUGAUGACCUGCUCUCAGUGGAUGUGCUUUCCUGCACAAUGCUCAUCAUUGUAUCUGGGGUGUGAGGAGAGGCUUCAGGGCUGCAUUGUGACACUUCCCUUCUUGAAUCCAAUAGAAGACAUGCCAGUGCCUCAGAGUCUGCCAAUGCUGAUCUAGCAGUCUGUCUUUCUAUCAGACCUGCGGGCUGUUUGGAAAUUGAGUUGCACCAGUGCAACAAAGUACUCACUCUCUGUUGUAUCCUUUUUGCAUCAUACUCUGUACUCUGCUUGAGUUACUCUUUAACCACGUCACCCUCCCUCACAUCAUGCACAAUGAGCUGUCAGGGUGUGCAGUGAGACAAUAUCAGAUUCUCUUUGCUGGCUCUGCAGUAUCUGCCCUCCGUAGCUGGGCAGACUCAUCACAUGUUACUGAUCUAUUCAGAUACUCCAUAAAUGGGAAAGCAGCACCACUGGAGAUAACAAGGUGUAGAGCUGGAUGAACACAGCAGGCCAAGCAGCAUCAGAGGAGCAGGAAGGCUGAUGUUUCAGGCCUAGACCCUUCUUUAGAAGAACCUGCAGUCUUUGUCCAGCUCUACACCUUGUUAUAUCAGGCUCUGCAGCAUCUGCAGUCACAGACUCAUGUCCAGACUGAUCCCUCCAUUCCUCGCUGCACUGCCAGAGGUGUCACCUUUCAGAAUGGAUUGUUAAACCAAUGUCCUGUCUAUCUUCUCCAAGGUUAAUGUCUGGAUAUUCCAGGUAGCUACACAUUGUGUAAUGCCCAACAGGGUCACAGUAAGAAGGAUCCACACAUCACUGCUUACCUCUCUCUCUGUCAAGUGUCAUUGUCAGGACAGGAAGCUUUCACUGCUAAAGUUUUAAGAGUGACUACAUCAUUCACACAUAUCAGCAGAAUGAACAAGUAUACAAUAUGUGUAAUUGCAUUUAAUGCAACAGGACUUACCUGCUGCACAAUGCAUUAAAAUCGUAGCUGGCAUUUGCACAUCCUUGAUGGAACUGGAAGAGAACUAGUGCAACCUACUGAACAUUUAGUGGCUAUUUAGACUAUUUUUAAGGUAAACUGUUGUUAAAAGUUCCACAGAAUCUUUCUCAGGUUCCAUCUCCCUGUGAUACGGCCUCGGUUGACACCACUGAUAAUUAGAAUAAUAGCAAUUAACCUCUUAAACUACACUCCUACACAAGUUUUGUUCUACCAGCAAACUAUUUCUAUUUUACCCUAGUCUUGUUCCACUACAGUCUGUUGCACCAGGGCCAUCAAGCUCCUGCUGACUUCCUGAAGGACAUGCAGAAUAUUUGCUGUUGACAAGGUUUGCCUCCUCGUGAAUAGAGUUCUGCUUCAAACUGACUGGAGAAGGAUGAAGGAUGGGGGGUUUUUCACCUCCUUUUUCUUCCUUUUUCCCUUCUUGACUCACUGGGGUGUAAUAAAAACAUGAGCUGCUCCUUCUUGAAUGAACGCAGCUCCAUCAGCUCCAGUGAGGAGUGCUGGGUUAGCAUGAUAAUUAGAGGAAUGUCAUCAUUGAUGUCAUGAUCAUGUCAGAACAAAUAGACCCUAGACCCAAGCGGGAUAGGUAUUUCAAACCCAGAAGAGUCCCCAAGUUUAGGUUACAAUCUGGCUAGACUCUAGAAACUAAUUUUUUUAAAAAAUGAAGCAAGUGUGACUUCUCAGGUAUUUACUAAGAGAAGAAACUUCAGUUUGCACGAUUAUAAACAAACAACAAUACACUUCACAAUAAUACAAUACACAUACAACUUGUACAGUAACAUACAAAUGAAAUUAAAUGGAGGUUAACAGACAUACAGCACAUCAAAUAAAACUGUUCUGAACAACCUACUGGAAACCUUGCAACAAGCUCUACUCUAUUGCUAGGCACUGUUGUAUGCAAGUAAUUUUGGA